AUGUACCAAAAAUGUAUCGAAAAUUACCCUCACAGUUGGGAUAAAAGUUGUAUGCAACAAAAAAAGGCUUUGACAAAGUGUUCCGAAGACAAUGUGGGUAUUUUAAAGUUUGUCAAGGAGCGUUGCUCUCUUCAAAUCAACAACUAUGAUCGUUGUUUAGGUGCUAAUGCUGAGAAUCCCGAAGAAUGUGUUCAAGUAUUAAAGGAAUUGUAUGUGUGUACUGAAGCUACUUCUAUCGUCUACCGUGAAGAAGAACAGAAAAAGAAGCAAGGUGCGGAGAAGCCUGUUGCUGCUGCAGAAACACCUGUCAACACAGAGCCUGUAAAGAACUAG